AUGUUGAAGCCACCAAAGUGGCUUUGGUUUUUGGAUUUAACUGUUGGUGUUGUAUUCGUUUCCGGUAUUGCAUCAUUUGUUGUUUGGCGACGUUCGGAAGAUUUUAGAAAGAGUACUUUCUCACGUGUACCACGAAUUGCUGAUUAUUUUUAUAGGGCAGAAGAUAUAAUUGGUGGACAACUUCGAGGCACACGUUUAAAAAGAAAAGAUUACCACAAGUGGUUUCCGGAAGAAGACGACAAGCAGUGA